ACAGCACCGUGUGCAUGCUCCUGCCGAUGCAAGUAUAUAAAAAGUUAGCUUUUUGGUUUUGUCUAGUCUUGGAGACAGUACUGAAAGCUUGAUCUGUGUGCAAGAGACGAGGGGAAAGCGUCGAGCUUCGCUUCACUAAGCCUUCAGGACACCACCAUCAUCAUGAGCAACCCGCCACCACCACCCUACUCGGCGGAGGUGAAGCAGCCUAUGGCCGGGUACCCCGCAGCGGCUCAGCCAGCUUGGCCAGCCCAAGCCCCAGCGGCGUAUCCCGCCCAAGCCCCAACGGCGUAUCCCGCCCAAGUCCAGCCGCAGCAGAUGUAUGUGGCGCAGCCAGCGCAGCAGACCGUUGUUAUAAACCGGCAGAUUCGGCCGCAGGUUUAUGGAUUUGGCUAUGGUUACUACCAGUACAUCCCAGUGCUACACAUGGCGCCUGCCAUCAUCUGCCUCGUCCUCAAUGUCGUUGGCCUCGGAUUAGGAUCGUGUGUGGCAGCAUUCUGCCUGCUAUGCUGCGGGCAUACGUACUCGACCACGCAGUCCAAGGGCGAGGUCUUCUUCUGGUGUUUUGGCGCCGGAUUCCUGCAGCUGUGUUUGUGCUUUUUCUCAGCACUCGGAUGGGUGUGGGCCAUCUUCUGGGGUGCUCUUUUCGUGAGCAUGUCCAGCCAAUUCUAUGGGAGACCCUUCACACCAGUUCAAUCAACCACCACCACAACGGUGAUCACAGCCUAGGUGCUCAAUGAUUCAGUCAUUUUGAACCUGGUUCCGCAUGGUCCGCACCGAUGGCAGAUUUUCCUUGAAAAAUGUUUUUGCAACGCUUGCCUUUUGCAAAAUUUAUAUUUUGUUUCACUUUGUCGGUUCCUCUCUUCGGAGGAUUGCCCUUUACACGAUGCUGUAGGAAUUAAUCAGCAGCACUAAGCUAUGGUUCUGCCAUUGUGUAGAACCCAACGCACGUGCAUUGCAACAAGCACUGGUGCACACACGUUUUGCCUUGAUGGCUUUGACUCGUCAAGUCUUUCUAGAUUUACCACCGAUUUUUUAUUGUGUGUAUGCUGCUGGUUCGCCUUAUCCACUGCGUGCGCACUGUAAAUUAGUGCAUGAUGUACAUUGCAGUUUUAGAAAAUGAAAAAUUGUGGACGAAUGUACAUCUAUGUGCAUCUUGGCUGGCAUGCUAAGCAGAUGCGACGUCAUUCGACCUUGGAUCGGCGAAAUACUAAAGUUUUCCUCCUGCUCGA